UAUAGCGCCGCCGCGGUGGUGGAAGCUCCAUCAUCGUUUCAUCUUUCUAGUCUCUCCGAGUUUUAACAUGGCAGCCAAGAUCAUAGGCGCUGUGCUUGGAUCUUUUGCAAUUGCUUAUACAUUCGAUACCAUCAUUUCUGACAACAAAAUUUUUGGAGGUACCACCCCAGGAACUGUUUCAAAUAAAGAAUGGUGGCAGGAAACCGACAAGAAGUUCCAAGCAUGGCCUCGCACCGCAGGGCCUCCAGUCGUGAUGAACCCCAUUAGCCGCCAAAAUUUUAUCGUGAAGCCCUCCGAAUCUUGAAGUUGCAUGUUUACCCCUUAUUUCUUUCUGCCGAGCCUACAUGGUAAGUUUAUCCCGACUCUAGUGGAGAUCCAACGAGGAGCAUCUAGUCCUUUCUAAUUGGGAACUGUUGAGGCCCUUUCCUUCUUUUUCAGAAGUCUGUUGCAUUUCAAUCAGCCAGCAUGAUAUUUUCCAUUACAAGAGCAUCAGAUCAUCGAUUACAUACAGAAUAAAGGUUCUUCCAUCUGCCAGGAAGAGAGCCUUGUUAAUGAGUUUUAGGUCUCCAGCACGACCAGGUAAAAGCCAAAUCCUAGGCCAGAAACAAAUGACCCUUUGGCCUGCGCUCUUAUGCGAGUGUUCCGGACAAACCAUGUUGAGUCGGCCGAUCUCUCUGCUCUCAUAAGCUCCUGGUUCUACUUCUGGUCCAUAACCUGUUUCCUUCGAACGACGACGGAUAACCUAUGCAUAGUUUCCUAGUUAAGUGAAAAGGUUGGGAAGGACUAGUGCUCAGUAGGAAGUUUUCCAAUCCUAAAGGUCGAUUCCUCUUUGAGUACGUGUGGUGAAAUAGCGUUUGUUGAAGUCAUCGAGAGCUCCUACUUAUGAUCUCGUCCGAGGUCGAAGCAGCAAGGAAGGAACAUUCGGAUCGGAAUCCAUUUUAGUGCUCUAAGGACUUCGGACGAAGUGGUAUUGAAGUUUCUUGUGGAUAAAUCUUUCGCCUUCAAGUCCAAAAGCGAAAAAGAAAACUUCUUCUUGAGAUUGUAAUCACUGCUAUCGGAAAUCAGAUGUUGAAUGUGCUAUUUCAGCAAAAAGGAACACGAUUCGAGCAUCGUUCCGAAGAGGCACGGCACGCAUCUUCCACCGUCCUCUUCCCGAUCAAAUCUGCUAGCGGCUUCAGCGACGCAUUGAAAACAUCGCUUCUCUUCCUGCGUGAUCUUCUAGAGCAGUGUGUUCCCCCCUUAAGCACGCCACGAAGGGAUAUCAAAUAUUCCGAAUUCAGUUUCGUGAAUGAAUGGUCGUCCGAGAUGCGCUAUCUCUCGUAUUAUGCAUAAACAUCGUCUUGAAAAGUUGAACUAAAUUUCAUUCA